AUGAAGACUGCACUCACCUUUGUCACCCUCUCUCUCGUCCUCUUCAUCGCUUGGUGCAGCGCCAAACCCAAACUCCUCUCCGAUAAAAUGCAUCACAUGGAUGUGCACAUGUCGAGUGGAAGGCAUGAGAAAGUAGUGUAUGAAGCAGAUGAGCAGAAGGAUGUAGAAGGCAAGGACGUCGACAUCACAGGCGGCAAGCGGGGGCAACUACCUUCUAUUCUUCACACAAUAAACUCUUUACCCCGUCGACUUAAUCCCCACCACGUGCAAUGGCCUGUCAGCUCUGCGCCUCACUACGAUGAUUCAACUAGGUCGACGGAGAAGUAA